GAUCCAUCUCCUGAAUUUUAACUUUUCAAGAUGAAGUUUCUACUGGCCAUUGCCUUUUUUAUUUUAAUUUCUUUGUGGGUUGAAGAAGCCUAUUCCAAAGAGAAGUCUUCAAAGAAAGGGAAGGGGAAAAAGAAGCAAUAUCUAUGUCCAUCCCAGCAGUCAGCAGAGGACCUUGCUCGAGUACCUGCCAACUCAACCAGCAAUAUAUUGAAUAGGCUAUUGGUCAGUUAUGACCCCAGAAUAAGACCAAAUUUCAAAGGUAUUCCUGUCGAUGUAGUAGUCAACAUUUUUAUCAACAGUUUUGGCUCCAUUCAAGAGACAACAAUGGACUACAGAGUUAACAUCUUCCUGAGACAGAAAUGGAAUGAUCCCAGGCUGAAACUCCCUAGUGAUUUUCGGGGUUCAGAUGCACUGACCGUGGAUCCCACAAUGUACAAGUGUCUUUGGAAACCUGAUUUAUUUUUUGCAAAUGAAAAAAGUGCCAAUUUUCAUGAUGUAACCCAGGAAAAUAUUCUUCUGUUUAUUUUUCGGGAUGGAGAUGUUCUUGUCAGCAUGAGGUUAUCUAUUACUCUUUCAUGCCCUUUGGACUUGACCCUGUUUCCAAUGGACACACAACGAUGCAAGAUGCAACUGGAAAGCUUUGGUUACACAACUGAUGAUUUAAGAUUUAUCUGGCAGUCAGGCGAUCCUGUUCAGUUAGAAAAAAUUGCCUUACCUCAAUUUGAUAUUAAAAAGGAGGAUAUUGAAUAUGGUAAUUGUACAAAAUAUUAUAAAGGCACUGGCUACUACACGUGUGUGGAGGUGAUCUUCACCCUGAGGAGACAGGUCGGGUUUUACAUGAUGGGCGUCUACGCCCCCACCCUGCUGAUCGUGGUCCUAUCCUGGCUGUCCUUCUGGAUCAACCCAGAUGCUAGUGCCGCCAGAGUGCCCCUGGGUAUCUUCUCUGUGCUCAGCUUGGCCUCGGAGUGCACCACCCUUGCUGCUGAACUUCCCAAAGUGUCUUAUGUGAAGGCCCUGGAUGUCUGGCUCAUCGCUUGUCUGCUCUUUGGGUUUGCUUCACUGGUGGAGUAUGCUGUUGUCCAGGUGAUGCUGAACAACCCCAAACGAGUUGAAGCAGAAAAGGCCAGAAUUGCCAAGGCAGAGCAAGCAGAUGGAAAAGGUGGCAAUGCAGCUAAGAAGAACACGGUGAAUGGCACAGGGACUCCGGUCCACAUUAGUACUUUGCAGGUUGGUGAGACCAGAUGCAAAAAGGUUUGUACUUCUAAGUCUGAUCUGAGAUCUAAUGACUUCAGCAUUGUUGGAAGUUUACCAAGAGAUUUUGAAUUAUCAAAUUAUGAUUGCUAUGGAAAACCUAUUGAAGUCAACAAUGGACUUGGGAAAUCCCAGGCAAAGAACAACAAGAAGCCACCCCCUGCCAAACCCGUUAUUCCAACUGCAGCAAAGCGAAUUGACCUCUAUGCAAGGGCCUUGUUUCCUUUUUGCUUCUUGUUCUUCAAUGUUAUAUACUGGUCUAUAUAUUUAUGAUAAAUCUUUUCCACUUGUAUAAAAUAAAACUGCAUUUCCUUGUGACCACCCUCACUCAUAAAUGCAAUCUGUGAAAAUUUUUGCACUUUCAGUCUUUAUUGCAUCUUGGAUGCCGUUCUAUUGUAAUAAAACUGUGGCACCUUAAUUUUGAAUGGCAGCAUGACCCUGUACUCUAGUAAUGAUGUAUAUAUGUAUAGCGAACAUGUUGCUUUAGGGAUAAAUGACAGAUAAGAUAUGCAUAAUAUAAAUCCAAUCCAUUCACUUUGUUAGCAUAAAUCGCUAAUACUUUUGAUAGCUCUGGUGAUUAUGUGCACGCUGAAACCUGUUGUGAUCACCAUUCUAAUGUAUGUCGUAUUUCAAAUUUCCAUCCUUGUAAUUUUCAGAAAAAGCCAUCAUAUUCUUGUAUUUUAGAUGGUAUUAUCACAGAGUAAGCAGAAUUAUAUUACAUAUUAUUUAAACUUUGUAAGUAGAAAUAUAUCAGUUAUAAAUCUGUGAACUCUAUGGAGAAAUAAAGUUCAAAAAAUUACAAAUUUGUAAAAUCAGCUCAUUUUGAAGUGUGCCCCUAUAGGGAGGAUGUCAGGCAAUAAAACACAGUAGGGAUUUUUGAAACAAAGGUAAAUCUGGUUUUACAUAAAUUCAUUUUGGAAUCUAGAUUCUGAUGAAAAAGUAAAGGAUAGAUAUAUUGAAUAAAUAUUUCUGAUAAAAGAAAUUCUAUUUAAUUCAUGUAAAGCUUAAAUAUAUUUUCAUUUUGCUGUAAGAGUAUACAACAUCAUUGUGCCUUAAAAAGAAUCAUAAAAAUUUAAGAUUGGGAUAAAGAAUAUGUGUGAUUUCACAUCAUUUAUUAAGAAACCAAGAGGAAAGUACACUAUUACUACAAGCAAUGAGUUGGAAAAAAAUCCAUAAUCAUUUAAGGAUGCUCAAUUCCUUGUUUUAUUAUAAUGUUUACCUAUUUUUAGGUAAAGCUAAGAUCUUUUUUCUGAUUUCAAUAUUUCUCGAAUUUGUUACAAACAUUUUGAGACUAAGUAAAAAAUAUCUUUAUGUGAGGCCUCACUACUACAUGUAUUUUACUAAAAGUCUAGACUACAUAAAUUUACAUAUUUUCAUCUUGUUCCAAUCUGAAUCUAGGCACCUUCUGAUCUACAAGAUUCCCAUUUCCUAGUAAUAUCACAGCCAAUGCACCUUUUUAUUUCUGCCAUAGCUAAAAUUAGAGCUAUCAGUAAUUCAUAUUUCAUAAACACAAGACCAAAUAAGUAUAUUUAUGUUAUUUAGAGUUUUAUUGCAACUGAGAAUUUGUAUGGUCAAGUUAAAUAAUCAAUGGAUUUUAAUAUUAUUUAUGCAGGUGUCCAUGUAUGCUAUUUUUGAAUAUUUUGUUAAAUUAUCUUCAUGCAUUACUAAACUUGAACAAAUAAAACCUCUGUUUCAUUCUGCACCCUCUAAUUACAAAAGUUUAGCUAUCUGAAUGGCUUAAGAUGCUAAAUUUAUGGACUUUACCAUCUUGGUAGGAACCCAAGCCAGAAUAUUUUAAUGGAAUAGAGUAAGACAAAGAUGUUUUGCACAGGACUUAAGCCAUUUAAUUUUUUUACUUACAGUAAUUUUAUUUGUUUAUUAUCUGUUUCUUUAUUUGCAAAUUUCAAUCUUCUUGAGACAUUUGAGUUAGAGACAGAGGUUUAAGUGUGAAAUGUACCAAGUGGAAGGCAGGUAUUAUUAUAUAGGAAUUUAUCUGUUGAAAAUAAUGUGAAUGAGUUACAUCUGUAAUGUUAUAGCCUCUUCCAUUUUAAUACCCAGAUAUAUAUAAAUAACUACUGCAGGGUUAAAUCUGUACAAAUAUAUUGCAACAAAUGGAACAUUAGAUAAUGAUCAUAACAAAAAACUAUAAUCAGUGUUCACUAACAAUUGCUUUACACUUACUAUCUUAAGGAUUUAGUCACAUCACUCCAUGGUAGUUUUGAUCUGUGUACUUUAAAUAUUAUGUAUUUCUAGGGAACUUGCACUAUAUCUACCUACAUAGCAUAUCUUAAAUUCAAUGACUCCACAAUAAAAAACUAUCUUCUCACAAAUCAGUAGGUUCUCUUAUUUUCUAUUUCCGCUAAAGCCAU